UGCCACUGACUUCAAUUCUGUCAGUCUCACACGCGCGGUCACCCGGCUGUCGAAGUCUGGUCACAGGAAUAUGGGCGAAUUGACUUGGGGAACCUUUUUCCUCGGUUUCCUUAAUUUUAAAACAGAAAAAUAUGUCAUCGCCGAAAACAGAAAAUUGGGAAUCUCAUUUAGAGUUUUUCAGAUCUGUGUGCUGCUAUACGUAAUCGGGUGGGUCUUAGUGUAUAAGAAGGGGUACCAAUCAAGGGAAGAGACCGUCCAGAGCUCUGUCAUCACCAAGCUGAAAGGAGUGGUCAUGACCAACAACACAGAAUCUGGACUUUACCUAUGGGGGGCUGAGGAUUAUGUCAUACCUUCAACGGGUGAACAAGUCUUCUUCAUUGUUACAAACUACCUCGAGACCCCAAAUCAGAGGCUUGGGUUCUGUGCUGAGAGCCCUAAGGUGCCAGAUGGCCUAUGUGUAAACAAUGAGGAUUGUGCCGAGGGUGAGGCGGUGGUAGCUGGCCAUGGGGUAAAGACUGGACUGUGUUUAAACUCUACAGGGACCUGUAGCAUACAUGGCUGGUGUCCCGUCGAGACGGGCCGGAAACCCUCGGAGGCUUUAUUAAGCAAGGUAGAAAACUUCACAAUUUACAUCAAGAACUUUGUCAGGUUUCCGAAGUUUGAAUUCUCCAAGUCAAAUGUCCUGGACACCGGUAAUGACUCCUAUCUAAAGAGAUGUUCCUAUGACAACGUCUUCCAACCCUACUGCCCCAUCUUUCGUCUGGGAGACCUGGUCAGCAGGACUGGACACAACUUUCAGGACAUGGCUGUAGUGGGUGGGUCAGUUGGAAUUCUGAUUGAGUGGAACUGUGAUUUGGAUAAGGACUACUCACAAUGUAACCCAGAGUACAGCUUCACUCGUUUGGAUAUCAACUUAAACAGCACUGUCACGUCAGGCUACAACUUCAGAUAUGCCCGGUAUUACAAAGAUGAAGCUGGAGAGAGCUACCGGACUUUAUAUAAAGUCUAUGGAAUUCGCUUUGAUAUCAUGGUGAAUGGACGGGCUGGAAAAUUCAACAUCAUUCCCACAGUAAUAGCUAUUGGGUCUGGUUUCGCUAUUAUGGGCAUGGGGAAAUUUGCCUGUGAUAUGAUAUUCAUCUAUAUGUUGAGCACGAGUUCCUACUUCCGAGACAGGAAAUUUGAGAUUCUCAAGAAAGAACGGAUUAAGAAGCACAAAGAGAGUGCGAAGACAGUGGUGAACCGAGACACAAGAAAACACAGGAAACAUGCUGGGGAACAACACGAGCUCACCACACUCUCUACGGAAACCGAGGAGAAACCAGAGCCCACCACUCAGGACGCGGAGAAACAGGACCUUAUAACCGUGGAGAAAAAGGAGGUUCAAAUUCUCUCUCCGCGAACUGUGGGGCAACGGUAUAAUACUCACCCUCUACGACCACGACACUAACCAAUUAAUUCGGAGUGACACAUUUUUAUUUACCCUUUAUUAACACAGGUUGGCAGAUUGAGGUCAGAAGACCUGUUUUUCAAGAAAGACCUGAGACAAAGAAAGAGGUGCUGCUAUCGUCAAGAUGGCUAGACUGGGUCCUGUAGCAGGUGGAAAGUGAAACGACGGCGGGUGAGGUGGUGACCCUGAUGCCCACCAUCCUUCUUCUCUACCAGCGGAGGUUGCUGAUGCUGACACAUGGCUCUGGUUUUCCAAUGUCUCUCAGGAGUGAUGUGUGUCCUGAUUGGAGAUGGUGGUGACUGAUGGGCUGGCAAAGACAAAUGGCUAUGCAGACGCUCUACAAAGCCAGAUAUUUAUCAAAGAGAAAAAGCACCAUUACAUUUCUGAAGUGUCAUAUUUAUUUGUUUAAGAUGGAAGCAUAAUGCAUCUGGUGUCAAUUAGGCCAUGCAAUCAAACCAUGGCAGAGGGCUGAACUAGGUUAUGCUGGCUGUGGUUUCUUCACACCCAGAGACAGCUUGUAGUAGAAUUAAAUCCUUGUGAGUCAUAUUAUGGAAUGCCACAUAUCAAGAGUAGGCCUACAAUUGCUUUCUCACACCAUUGGAAAAUACACUGGGUGUGAGGUUGUCUAUCAUAAAUACUUCUCAUUUAAUGUGAUUACUUGUCAUUUCCAUCAUGUAUUGACUGGGGACUUAUUUGUGAAGGAAUGUAACUGUUUUUCUGGGUGAUUUGUGAUGUUUUAUUUGUGCUUGCCAUGACUGUGUUUUUGUAUUUUAAUAUAUAUAUAUAUAUAUAUAUAUAUAUAUAUAUAGUGCAAAUCUAUGUUGUAUUAUACAGGGCACAUUUGAAAAAGAGACCUAGGUCUCCAUAUGUCUUCCCUGUUAAAAUAAAGGUCAAAUAAAAUAAAAAUGUCCU